AUGCCUUCUCUCGUUGGAAAAGAAAUCGGUGCGACCGGCUAUGGUACCAUGGGUUUGACAUGGCGGCCUGUGCCUGCCCCGCAAGAGCAAGCCUUCGAGACUCUGAACAAGGCCCUUGAGCUGGGCGCCAACUUCUGGAACGGGGGGGGAGCUUACCCGGAAAACGCCGAGAAGGUGGUGCUCAGCAUCAAGGGUGGAAUGGUGCCCGGCCAACUCCAGCCAGAUGGCUCAGAGAAGAACAUUCGCCGUUCCGUGGACGAAAGCCUCCGCGUGUUGGACGGAAAGAAGAAGCUCGACAUCUUCGAAGUUGCCCGCCAGGAUCCCGCUUAUCCCGUCGAGCACACCAUCAAGGUCCUUGCCGAGUACGUCAAGGAGGGCAAGAUUGGAGGCAUUGGCUUAAGUGAAGUGGAUGCCGAGACCAUCCGUCGCGCGGCCAAGGUUCACCCGAUCGCCGCCGUCGAGGUUGAGCUCUCAUUGUGGAGCACCGAUAUUCUGACCAACGACGUUGCGAAGGUUUGCGCCGAGUUAAAUAUCCCCGUCGUGGCUUACUCGCCUCUGGGCCGUGGUGCUCUCACAGGCGCCCUCACCCGGAGAAUAUCCCUGCUGGGGAUUUCCGCAAAGCUCAUCAAUGCGGUGAAGGAUCUGGCUACUCGCAAGGGCUUGGCUCCAGCCCAGAUCGCCUUGAGCUGGGUCCUUAGUCUAAGCAACAAGCCCGGCUUGCCUACCAUUAUUCCCAUCCCCGGUGGUACCACUGUCGACAAGGUGACGCAGAAUACCUCAGGUAUCAAGCUGUUGUCUGACGAGGAAUUGGCGGAGGUGGACGCGAUUCUCAAGAGCCAUACUGUCGCCGGUGGACGUUACGCUUGA